GUAACUCGUCUGGCAGGUUUCAGUCUAUUGGUGUUAUAAAAAAAAUGCUUGACGAUAAACUGGGUCUGACAAAGUCAUAUUAUAUAGCGGCAGGCGACAGAAGUCACGGCAAGAUUUCUACCACAAAACAAAGUAGAAAAAGAUUACAUUUUAAAGCCGGGUAAUCGCAAGAAAAAUAAUAAAUUACUAAAUAUUGACCUCCACCAGAACCAAGAAGAACCAAGAAGGUGACUCUCUAUGUUCUUUAAAAGGAAUCCGAAGAAAUGCCUGGGAGCCAACAUUAAUUCAUGAAGUCUCUAGGAAUUUGCCCACUGUACACUGUAAUUGCAAACUCUUCCCGCAGCCUAGAGGAUGACAGAAGAGGUGGUGUAAGGUGCCCAUUGUCUCCAAGGUGAACCGUUUGUCUAAGAGUGACUGAGAUCUCGUUGUUGGGUGGAACACGCGGUCAACGCAUCUAUGGGAUUGAACUGUUCAAAGAUUUAAAAGGGUUUUGCGCUUUGAGAGUCAACAUGGACACAUGGAAAAAGAGUAUUCAGGAGCUGCCCCUCCUUAAAUAUGCACAGAGGAAUCGCACCAAGGCUCUCAAGAAGCUGCUGGCUUUGGAGACCACUGACCCACUGCAAAGAGGAGCCGUUGGAGAGACUGCGCUACAUCUCGCUGUGCUCCACGAUAACCUGAAGUCUGUGAACAUUCUGCUGGAACAUACGCCAGAGCUAGUCAACCAGUGCAUGACCUCUGACCUUUACAAAGGUCAGACAGCGCUGCACAUUGCUGUAAUGCGUCAGAAUCUGGCAAUUGUGCAAGAGCUGAUCCGAAAUGGUGCCAGUGUGUCUAUUCCACGGGCAGUCGGAACGUACUUCCAGUUUAAACCCAACUCCUUCUAUUAUGGAGAACACAUUCUUUCCUUUGCUGCCUGUGUGGGGAAUGCAGAAUUGGUCCGAUUAUUACUACAACAUGGAGCCGAUGCUGAGGCCAAAGAUUCCCAUGGAAACACCAUCCUCCAUAUUCUGGCACUACAACCCAACAAAAUGUCUGCCUGUCAGAUGUACAACCUUAUCCUGGGCCAUCACAAGGAGAAGUUUGGGCCCGGUUUAGAGGAGAUCACCAACAAUGAUGGGCUAACCCCCCUGAAGAUGGCGGCGGUAGAAGGUAACACCGUGAUGUUCCAGCACAUUGUACAGACGAGGAGACAACUGCAGUGGAAAUUUGGUCAGAUUAGUUGCUAUCUUUAUGACCUGAUGGAGAUCGAUGUUUGGGGGGAUCCCAAGUCUGUAUUGGAUCUGGUGAUCUCUGCAAAAAAAAGAGAGGCACAUCGGAUUUUGGAUCUCUCCCCAGUCCAGGAAUUGGUCAACAGAAAAUGGCAGAGGUUUGGUCGGCCAUAUUUCUGGACAUUGGCCUUUAUCUAUGUCCUUUACAUGAUCAUUGUCUCUCUUGCCUGUGCCAACCGGCCCCUUAAACCAAGAAUGAAGAACGCAACUAAUCAAAGGGAUAUCACCUUACUGGUCCAAAAAUCUCUAAAUGAAUCAUACCUCACUUCUGAAGACCACCUACGUCUGGCAGGAGAGCUCAUUAGUGUUAUUGGAGCAAUUGUACUUUUACUUCUCAAGAUUCCGGACUUGUCUCAGAUAAGAGAUCCAAAGGACCUAACACAAGGAGGACCAUUUACACUUAUCAUAAUCGCCUUCCCUUGUUUUGUGCUUGUGACGCUCAUUCUCCGACUCACAGACACGGAUGGAGAGGUGGUGCCGAUGUGCAUAUUACUUGUGCUAGGCUGGUGCUAUGUCAUGUAUUUUGCACGUGGAUUCCAAAUGCUCGGACCUUUCACCAUCAUGAUCCAUAAAAUGAUUUUUGGAGACUUGGUACGCUUUUGCUGGCUGAUGUUUGUGGUCAUUGUUGGAUAUACAACUGCAUUUUACAUCAUAUUCCAAACAGAAGAUCCCAACCAGUUUGGAUUUUUCUCUAAUUACCUCAUGUCCAUUUUAAGCACGUUUGAGCUCUUCCUCAACAUCAUCAACUCCCCCACCAACUAUGCUGUGACCCUUCCGUACAUGUUCCACAUUUUAUAUUUUUCCUUCGCCAUCCUCACCAACCUCACGAUGCUGAAUCUGCUGAUCGCCAUGGUGGGAGACACUCAAUGGAGGGUGGCACAGGAGAGAGAUGAGCUGUGGAGAGCUCAGGUUGCUGCAACUGUAGUGAUGUUGGAGAGAAAGCUCCCACGAUUCCUCUGGCCUCGAUCAGGCGUUUGUGGCACAAAAUUUGGAUUAGGAGACCACUGGUACUUACAGGUGGUGGUAAGAAAGGACCGUAGUCAGCAGAAGAUCCAUUGUUAUGUCAAGGCUUUUCAAGGUCAACAAGUAAACAAUCACUCGGACAAGGAAACACCAAAUUACUUAAAGGAAGACCAAACUGUAAAGCCAGAUCUGACCAAAUUGGUGGUGACUGAGGCAAAAGAACCACCAACAACCUCUUUUGAGCAACUAAAGACUUCUCAAACACCAAGUGGGUUGCUACGUGAUGAUACAGCCGGGACACAAAGUCCUUCACAAAUGGCUCCCUUGGACAUACAAGUAUGUGUGGAACCAUCUAGGUCAGAGCUUCAGUCUUCAGAACGUGAAGUGCCAGUGGUAAGGAGGGCCAGUGGACAUGGCUGGGAUAUCGUAAGGCCAAUUCCAUUACAACGAUUACAAGUACAAACCUCUCAAGCCACCCUCAGUGAGGAGGAGGAGGAGGAGGAGGAGUUAAUAUGUUAUAUCUAAUGGUUUCACUCAAAUGUAGUGUUUUUCUUAAACUUUGGUCCAGCCAGGGAAGUACUUUUUCAGGGCUUGUAGCCCAAUUCUAUCUACAUUCACAGGGGUUUUCAGUAUCACCACGACAGAACAUACAUUUUCAGCCAUCUGGCUAUAACAAGUCUGGCCACCUUCAGCUGCACAGGCUACUGUCUAGUUACACAGAGACUCUAAGGCCCCUUUCCCACUUGCGGACCAUAUGUCCGCUUUUUCAUCCAUCCGUUU